AUGGCAUCGAUAUCAUUCCGUGGCAAAAACGAUGGGCUCCAGGUCGGAGAUAACCAUGGCUCAAUUACGGCAGAGUUCCAUCUACCUCUAGUGCGACCGGAAACUCCACCCAGCCCUCUAUCGACUGUCCCGUUCGCGCGCAAUCCAGACUUUGUCACUCGCGACACUCUACUUCAUCAGAUCCAUGAAAAAAGCUCAGUACCAGGGUCAAGAAUAGCGCUGGUCGGCCUUGGCGGUGUCGGGAAAUCGCAGCUUGCUAUCGAAUGCUCCUACCGGGUUCGGUCCGAAUCGCCGGCGACAUGGGUCUUCUGGGUCCAUGCAAGUAAUGAAGCCCGGUUUGAGCAGAGUUUCCGGGAUAUUGCGGACCAAGUUAAAAUCCCCGGUCGUCAGGAUCCUCAAGUCAAUAUAUAUAAACUUGUCGAGAACCGGCUUCGGGAUGAUAAGACAGGAAAAUGGGUCUGUAUCCUGGAUAACGUUGACGAUGACAAGUUCCUCUGCUCGUUUCCGGCCGCAAGGAAGGAAGAUUCUAUAAGAGACCCAACGAAUGUUUUGACAAAACCGCUAUUAGAAUACGUUCCUAGAGGCCGAAAUGGAUCUAUGAUCAUCACUAGUCGGACGAGAGAGGUUGCGUUAAAAAUGGUCGAUCGUAAUAACCUUGUUGAAGUCAAACCGAUGGAAAGCUCCGAGGCGCUAGAGCUUCUCCAAAGAAAGCUUCAACAGGCAGGGGAGAACGAAGAAAGUCAACAGUUAGUGGACAUGUUAGAGCUUAUGCCGCUAGCGAUCGUACAGGCUGCGAGCUAUAUCCAAAAUCGGGCGCCUCGCUAUUCGGUAUCACAAUACCUGAAAGACUUUCAAGAGAGCGACCGCAAAGCUAUCAGGCUUCUAAAAGAAGAGGCGGGCUACUACUACCGAGACUGGGAAGUAAAGAAUUCAAUUUUAGUGACGUGGCAAAUGUCCUUCGAUUAUAUACGCCAAAUAAAGCUAUCUGCAGCGGAGUUGCUUUCUCUUAUGAGUUUUUUCGAUCGGCAAGAGAUACUAGAGAACCUUAUUCGGCAUCGACCCGAAGCCAACACGCCAAUUUUAGAGCUUUUAAACGACUCUAGUGAUAGUGAAGAAUCUGAAUCUGAUAUAGGCCCCGAUUUUGAAGAUGAUGUUGCGACUCUGAGGGAUUUUGCAUUUAUAUCUGUUAGUGAGAAUAGCACCUUUUUCACGAUGUAUCGACUAGUGCAAUUGACUAUGCGUGUAUGGUUGAAGUCUCGUGGACAAAUAAAUGAAUGGAGAGAGAUGUUUAUCAGCAAUCUAUACAGAGAGUUUCCAACGGGCGAAUACGAGAACUGGGGGAUGUGUUAG